AUGUGGUUGAACCCGGCAAAAUGCACCUUCGGGGUAGCCAGCGGAAAAUUCUUAGGGUUCAUGUUGUCAAAAAGGGGUAUAGAAGCCAACCCCGACAAGUGCCAAGCCAUCAUCAACAUGAAAAGUCCUCAUAACAUAAAAGAAGUGCAGCGGUUGGCCGGACGAAUCGCUUCCCUGGCACGUUUCCUGCCAUGCAUGGCGGAAAAGUCAAAACCCAUAAUGUCCUUGCUGAAAAAGGCCACCAAGUUCCAAUGGACUAAGGAAUGUGAGUCGGCUUUUCAGAACUUCAAGACAAUACUCACAACUCCACCAUUGUUAAUCAAACCGGACCCUGGUCUCGACAUGAUAGUAUACAUAUCAGUGUCGGACAAGGCCAUCAGCACCGUGUUGGUGCAAGAAAGAACGGAACAGAUGCCAGUGUACUUCGUCAGUCGAGCGCUACAAGACACCGAGACGAGAUAUCAACAUCUUGAAAAGACGGUCUUGGCUCUUGUACAUACCGCCAGGCGCCUUCGACACUAUUUUCAGAGCCAUCGGGUGCUCGUCCGAACAGACAGCCCAAUAACUAAGGUCUUGCGCAAGCCGGAAUCGGCAGGGCAAAUGGUCGCCUGGUCUAUCGAGCUGUCUCAGUUCGACAUUCGUUUCGAACCAAGAGGGCCCAUCAAAGCACAAAGCAUGGCCGAUUUCGUAAAUGAGUUCACGCCACAAAUAGCCCCCGAGCCCCCCCUCUGGACCUUACAUGUAGACGGGUCGUCAAACCAACGAGGCAGUGGCGCCGGCAUUAUUUUAGAAGGCCCUGGGCAGGUAGUGAUCGAACAGUCCUUGCAGUUCGGCUUUAAAAUGUCCAACAACCAAGCCGAGUACGAAGCCCUUUUGGCAGGCCUGAGGUUGGCGCAGGACCUGGGUGUUACCAAGAUACAAUGUUGGAGCGAUUCGCAGGUGGUGACAGGACAAGUUAAUGGUACUUUCCAAAUCAAGGAACCAACACUGCUGUUAUACUUCCAUGCUUUCCAGAAACUGAAGGGUAACUUUGAAGAUGUCCAAGUUAAGCACACACCCCGAGAGCUCAACACGAGAGCCGAUCAGUUGGCUAAGCUAGCCAGCAGCAAGAAAACCAGUCAUUUGCGCAGCAUGAUGCAGCAAGAACUACACAGGCCAAGUAUUACCCAAGCUGAAUGUUUGCAGGUUCAGCAAGCAACGCCCAAUUGGAUGACUGGGAUAGUCGAACAUCUCGCAACCGGAUCAUUACCCACUAAUCCCUUGGAGGCAAAAAAGAUGAAAGUCGUUGCGGCUCGAUACACCUUAAUUGCUGGGGAAUUGGAAAUCCACGAAGGCAUAUGUGGAACUCACUCGGGCGGCCGAACUCUUGCCACCAAGGUUAUCCGAGCAGGAUACUAUUGGCCAACUCUACUGACGGAUUGCGUCAAUUUUGUUCAACAGUGCAGGCCUUGCCAGCAGCAUGGACCCUUGACGCAUCAACCACCCGAGGAGUUGCAUUCCAUCACCACUCCUUGGCCGUUUUCUAACUGGGGAAUGGACAUAUUGGGGCCGUUCCCACCAGCAAAAGGCCAAGUUAAGUUCCUCCUUGUAGCCAUCGAUCAUUUCACUAAGUGGAUCGAAGCAGAAGCAGUAGCUACCAUCACGGCCAGCAACGUACAGAAAUUCUUCUAG